ACUGAUUAUAUUUCUUUUGGUGGCGAUCAGACGUACGUAUGACUAACCAACGGAAACACGCACGAAUUUGUUGAUCCGGGAAUAUUUUGUGGAAAAAACAAAAAAAAUCAAAAAAACAAAAAAUGGCUCGAAUUGCCGCCGUGAAGGAACAUCUCGAGAAAGCGUUGAGGGACGAAAACAAGCCGUGGGUAAAAUUACUUGUUCAAGCGGAAGGAAAGACCGGCAUCGACCGUCUUUACAUCUUUGUCGGUUCAUUAGCAGUGCUAGCCUUGUAUCUGGUAUUUGGGCUGGGUCAACAGCUAGUGUGUAAUGUGAUCGGAUUUGUUUAUCCGGCAUAUCAAUCUCUAAAAGCACUGGAAACCAGCAAGAAGGAAGACGACACAAAAUGGCUUACUUACUGGGUUGUUUUUGCAGUAUUCACCAUAAUAGAGUUCUUUUCUGAGUAUAUUGUCGUCUGGUUUCCAUUUUAUUGGCUGUUCAAGUGCGUGUUUUACAUAUGGCUAAUGGUGCCAACUGAGUACAACGGUUCCUUAAUUCUGUAUCGCCGAAUCAUCCGUCCAAAAUUCCUUCAGUAUCAACCUGGCGUAGAUAAACUUUUGUCUGUCGCACGUGACACAGCAAUAAAAACUGCGGCGGAUGCACUGACCACUAAGCAAGAUUAAUGACUCUGCAAGUCAAUCAAAUAAGAGAUCCAUUUGGGUCUUUCCCCUUUUACUCAUUCCUAGCAAAGGAGAGAGUGUGUGCGCGCGACGUUUAUUAAUUUUACUAAAGAUUAUUAUUAAUAGACGGUUUUGACAUUAAAAAGUAUAAUGAUAAGAAAUUCUGAAAAAAAUAUAAAGAAAUAUAUAAAUUCCAAAUAUGUUUCCGAAUAACAAACAAUAGCAGGACCAAACAAAUACGUAUUUUGUGGAAAAUUGCAGAUUAAAGAACAAACACACAAAUUUGCAAGAAAGAAAAAAAAUCCUCUCUCUCUCUCUCUCCGAGAAAAAUAAAAAACCUUUUAUAUACAGGAGUUUUUGUGUAAUCUGAAAAUGGGCGUUUUGUUUUCAGUUACAAUCAGAAUGUUGGAGUGUUUUUGAAUUUGUAGAAUAGACAUGUUGUGCGUAUUAUUGCCAUUUAUUGUAUAAUCAUUGAUGAUAUAUAUUUUAGUGUAUUUUACUAAUUUUAGAGAAACGUUUCACCACACAAUAUACUAAAGUCUGAUCAAGUCAGAUUUAAAAUGAUUUUUUACCUUCUUGCAAAUUAGCAAAACGGAAUAAUAAAUAUAUUUAUUGUAUGUCAAUAAUUUCUCCGAUCCCCAAAAAUAUUUGUAAUAUGAAUUUCGGUUCAAACAAAAUUGGUGAAACUGACUUACGUGAAAAACAAUUUAUCAAGUAAAUUCUUAGUCGCGAUAAACUGCGGGUGUGGUUGAUCAUGAUUCAACAAUCGAAACGCAACUAUCCGCUAAGGAUAGAUAAAUAAUAAAUAGCUCGAAAAAAAUGAAUCAAAAUUUUUUUAUUAAAAAAAAUGUUGCCAUUUAAUCGUCACGUAAUCUGUACAUUUCGAAAAAAAAAAAAAAAAAGACGAAACUCUUUUCAAGAAUUCAAGUCCGUUGGUUUGCGUGAGUGAACAACAAAAAAAUGCAGCAUUUUCUACACUUGUUUGAAAUUUUACUUAAUGUCUUUUUACUCUUCUCGUACGUUUACCCGUAUUCUCGAAUAUAGCUUCGAUCCUGAAGCGCGGGGACAUUGUUAAGGUACAUAUUUUGCUCAAAUUGAAAUCAUCGCCUUGUUAUAUUAAAUGUAAUUUAAUAAUUAAAAUAUAUAUGUAUAUAUAUAUAUAUACAUACAUAUAUAUAUAUAUAAAUUAUAUAUAUAUAUAUUGUCCGAUACAAAAAAGAGUUAAACGUUCUACGAGAAUGUGGUGUGUACAGGUAAAUUCUUUAUGCCUUUUCUUCACGCUUAAUAUUCUUCAUAUGUGUGUGUUACUCAUUGUUACGUCGGUGGAAAGAAAUAUAUUGUGUAAGGUUUAAGCACACACAAAAUUAUGAAUAUUUAGAGAUAUUACAAAUUGUGAACCGUUGUUUAUAUAAGCACGCAAAAUAAAAUAUCUUUUUAUUUUA